AAGGACAUUCGGACUAUCUGAUGAUUUGAGCGUGUAUCUUUAGUUCACAUUCUGAAGUCAUCUUCUCAACCUAGUAUACAAGCGUCUUGUCAAAUACACCUGUUGGUUCGCGUACAACUGUUAAUUCAUUCUAAUACUAACCAACUGUCAUAAAGUUCCUUUGCUUAUUGGUUCUAAAUCAGCCUGUCAUCAAUGUCAGAAUCGAUUUUUGAGGAUUUAUCUGCCCAAGUCAGGGUUCCUGCUGACGGGGAAAAAGUUUUCAAGGAUGAAUGUCCUUUUUCGUUUGAGACACCUGAGACAGAAAAAGGAAUAUACAUAUGCAUGCGACACUUCGUUGCAAUUGGCUCUAAGAUCCUUAGGCUUUACUAUGAGAAGACUGGUUGUCGUGCUUUCCUAAGAUACAAGAUCGAAAAGCAAUUCAAAGAUAAGGGUGCUAGUGCUCAAGAACGCCCAACAAAACUCGCUAUUGGAGUUUCUGGAGGUUUUGACUUUCCCCAAGAUAUGUAUACAGUCACUGAACAUUGGUCUCUAGUGCGUCUCCCGCAAGGCGAUUCAUUUGAUAUCCCGAAUCCAGAACCCGGACAAGGACAAUCUGAUAUAUCUCAUCUAGAGAUUUUGGAACUUCCUAAACACCUAGCUAUUUCAAUCGCAUCAAUUCAACGUGCUGAGUCAGUAUUACUGGCAGAAGAACGAGCUAAUUCACUUAAAGCUUGGGAAGAUGAUAAUAUUUGUUUUAUUUCGUCGUAUGCAAUGAAUUUAGCACAAAUAAAUAAUUCAGUUCGGAUUCCCCCGUCGUAGGUUAACAUUACUUAUUCUGCUAGUUUAUAUAUUGUUUUUAAAUAAACAAAUAGUCUUGCAUCACUCUUUCAUCAACUUGGAUUACUAAUUAUAUUCCUAUAUGCAUUCACUGCGUCCAGUAUAUUUAUGGAACACUAUCAUCCUCUACCCUUCAACUGUUAACAGGAUACAUGGUUUUAUUUUUAUUUAUUUAUUUGAACACAAAUAUUGGUACGAGGGGCACCAAAUAUAUAUGCGCCACACAAAACAAUGAGAACGGGAAGAGAAAAAAAAGUGGAUGGAAAUGUUCCAAAUGUGAUUUGAGAGAUAAUCUGUGGAUGAAUCUUACUGACGGAACCAUACUUUGUGGUCGAAAAUUUUGGGAUGGGUCUGGAGGAAAUAAUCACGCUUUGGAACAUUAUGAAAAGACCAAGUAUCCGCUAGCUGUCAAACUUGGAACUAUAACUCCCAAGGGUGGAGAAGUAUUUUCAUAUCCUGAAGAUUCAAUGGUAACCGACCCGAAAUUAGCAGAACAUCUUGCUCACUUCGGUAUUGAUGUAAUGCUUAUGCAAAAAACCGAUAAAACGAUGGCCGAGUUAGAAGUGGAUGCAAAUGAGAGACUUGGAGAGUGGCUAACAUUGCAGGAAUCAAACCGUACACUUGAAGCACGUUAUGGUCCAGGUAUGACUGGACUUAGAAAUCUCGGUAAUACUUGUUACAUGAAUGCUGUGUUACAGGUUCUGUUUUCAAUCUCACAAUUUCGUUCAUAUUAUGCCUAUCAAUUGCCAGUUUGGUGUGAGGAAGCAUUGGAUCAAUUCACUUCUGAAGAUCAUCCACUUCUACCAGUAGAUCAUAUUGGUCUACAAUUUUCGAAAUUAGGACAUGGUCUUUGUUCAGGUGUUCAUUCAUGGUUAGUUCCAAAUAAUCUUAGUCAUACUACUACAGGUGGUCCUGUACCUAUUCUCCCGGGUAUACGUCCAAUUUUGUUUCGUCGAUUAAUGGGCGCGCAUAAUUCCACAUUUGCCACAAGACAGCAACAAGAUGCUUGCGAAUUUUUAAUCUAUCUAUUAGAUUUAUUAGAACAAAAGGCUAAUAGACAAGAACACGGAAAAGUACACCCAAGUAAUGUGAUGCGUUUUGGUGUGGAAGAACGUCUUCAAUGUGGUUUGACAAAUAAGGUCUCGUAUAAAACUGAUCAUGAAUGGAUUCUUUCAGUUCCAGUUCCAAUGGAAGCGGUAACAAAUCAAAAAGCAUUAGACAAUUAUGAAAAACGACGUGUUGACGCUGAGUUAAAUGGUAUACAUUUAUCACCCGAAGAGGUUGUACGACCAAUUAUUCCUAUGGAAGCUUGCCUGUCGGCUUGGGCUGAAACAGAACAAAUUAAUGAUUUUAAAACACCAGCAAGUCAACCUCCAGGUGCCAAAACAUUCGCUUUACGUUCUAAUCGUUUAACAAAUUUUCCAAACUAUUUAUGUAUACAAGUUGGACGAUUUACUGUUGGUACAGAUUGGCUUCCGAAAAAAUUGGAUGUAGAUAUCGAAUUAAAAUCAUCUGUUGGAAAUCAUGGUAAUACAGAAUGGUUUAUUGAUUUAAAUGGUUUACGUGCACCGAAUGGUAGUAGACCAUUGCCUGGUGAACAAUUAAUGCCAACUGGAGAUGAAAUCAAAUCUGAACAAAUGAAAACUGAUGAUGAUGAUGAUGAUGUACAACCGGAUGUAACAAUUAUCAAUGAUCUGUUAGUUAUGGGUUUCACUUUGGAAGCAGCACAGAAAGCUUGUAAAUUUACACGAAAUACUAGUGUAGAAAAUGCUACCAAUUGGUUAAUGGAACAUUUAGACGAUCCAGAUUUAAACGAUCCGUUGUCACCGCCCAGUGGUUAUCAGCAACAAAAUAAACAGAAACAACCAGUAGCUGGGUCCGUCACUUCUACAAAUAUUGACGAAAACGCAGUUGAAAUGAUGUUGGCUAUGGGAUUCAGUAGACAACAGUCAAUCAUCGCAUUACAACACAAAAAUGGUAAUUUGGAACAAGCUGCUGACUGGGCAUUGAGUAAUCCAGAUGAAUUAGAAACUUUAUUACUUCAAUCUGAAAUAGCUAUGACUAAUAAAUCUUCCACUGAUGCUGGGAAUAAUUCAAAUCAGACAUCUUCAUCAGGUCCACCGUUAUCAGAUGGUAGUUCAAAGUAUGAAUUAUUCGCUUUUAUUAGUCACAUGGGAAAAUCGACCAAUGAUGGUCAUUAUGUCGCUCAUAUUAAACGAUCGUUUCUAGCUAAAUGUAUUCCUCAUGAACCGCCAGUAUAUCAUGUCGGCUCACCAAUUUGUGGCGGUUCCGAUCAAGAAUGGAUUAUAUUCAAUGAUGAGAAAGUGGCAAAAAGUGAAUGCCCACCACAUCGUCAUGCUUAUUUAUAUUUCUUUCGAAGAUUAGAUGCUGCUGAUCAAUCUGAUUAACUGUACUUGUGUAUGUGUGUGUCACCGAGUGGUAUGGUCAUUUAAACAGCUUAGUGUUAAACAAUGAUAGAUUUAUUGUUUUAUUUUCUCUUUCAUUGUCUCCGCCUAUCUUCCAUUCUUAUUUUAAACUUGCACCCCAGAAAUUCAUUAAGUUGUACACAUUAUAAAUUUAGAAAACCUGCUCUUGUGUGUAUGUGUAUAUGUAGAAACGAUAAAUUGCUGCUGGUAAAGUACAAUAAACAAUUCAAAAGUAUAGCAUAUUAGUUUUCUGCAUUCCCUAAUUACAUUUAUACGUUCAUUUAUUGUUAUCUCUCAUCUUCUAAAUAAGUUUAUGUAUCGUAAAAAAAAACAAUACAAACACUAAGCCAGAUAUAUAUGGAUAUAAAUAAUGAAUAUAUUUUCAAUCAAAUUAAACUUGGUAACAAAAAGGAAAGUAUAUAACAUAGAGACAAACACACACACUCGCGCACACACACAAACAAACAUAUACAAAUACUACCUCUUUUCGGUUUAUAAAUUCCAUACAUGAACGAAUAAAUUAUGUUUUUUUUUUCAUUUAAUAAUUAUUUUAAAAGAGAAAACACAAUGAAUGAAACAAUUUACAUCAUAGAAAAUGUGGUAAUCUAUCUCUAUUUAAUAAAUAAAAAUGUAUUAUCCGUGUUUUGAUCAAUUUUGUUUUCAAUUCUAUAUGACUUACUCGUUGUUAAUGAUCCUUGUUAAUGACUAUAAUGUUAUAUAAUCUUGAAAAAGAUAUCAUAAAUAAUAAAAGUAAACGUGUUUUUUUUAAAGU